AUGCCACGACAUAGUAAAAACAAUACGGCACUUUCGUUUUUUACGUAUGCCGAAGGCAAGGCCUUAAAAUAUGGUACAAAAAAGCAAGGUCAUCUAUAUUGUAAAGAGUGUAUACUAGAAAAUCUUUUAGCUCAAAAAAGAGAAAUCCGACGCCAACAAAAUUUAUUGGAAGCAAGAGCAAAAGAUGAAAUUGAGGAAUCUAAAAGAAAAGAACAAUUGGCAAAAGAGGCGGUGAUUCAUGAUUUUGAGAGGCAACAGGUUAGAAUCGCACCAUUAGGAACAAAAAUGGAGGAAUCAAUGAAAACAUCAAACAAAUCGACAAAAACAACAGAUAAUUCUACAAAAACAAAUGAUAAUGGUAAAACACCCAACUCUACAAAAAGUGUCAAAGCUAUAGAAUAUGGCGAAACAUUGCAAGACUUUCGUCUCGAUGAAGACGAAGUCGAAGCAAUAGCUUUACGUGAACAACAAGAAGCAAUGAAGAGAUUAGAUGAGGAACAGGUAUUUAGAUUAAUAGAGAUUUAUAAUUUGGUUUAA